AUGAUCCUGGCCCUGGGGCCCUGGGGCCCUUUUGCCAGCGGGUUUGUGACGCGGGAAGCGAGAUCGACCCCAACGCCCGGGCCAAAGGCCAAAGGCCAAAGAAAAGCUUGGGACAAAAGCAGCCAGGCAAAGCAACUCAUUGCCGUUGGCGCGAACCCGCUUUCCCUUUGUUCGAACCUGUUCUAUAUUUGUCGACGGUGUCCCGGCUGUAGCAGAGAGCUCUCUUCGGAUGACGGCCGCGCGACCGACUUCAGACGACGGGAGGCGUCGCGCAACCGUGCUCUGAGCCUGCACGCACGCACGCACCGAAGCCGCGACAUUCUGGGUCCCGCGAGCCACCGUCCCAGCACGAACGCGCCUCAGGCGCCCCGAGAAGAUCCGUGUAUCGUUGCUGUAGCUCACCGCGCCCGCCCGGCGGAAGGGCUGCCAGCCUCCGGCAUGCUGUCGCAUCUUCGCUUCCAUCGCCGGGACCGGUCGAAUCCCACCUCGCCCAUACCCGAGAGCAGCCCCUGGGACAGCGCUACGCUGCAGCCGAAACAGCUGGUCCCGGACGACGGUGCUGUGCCGGCUCCUGCUAUCGAACCGCGGAUAUCGAAUGGACCGCCGCAGACAGGCCACGGCCACGGCCACGGGCAUGGGCAUGGAUAUGGGCAGUCGUCGCAGGCGCCUCAGCAACCGCAGCAACCGCCUCCUCCUCCGCCCUCUUCGAGCCAAGCCGCACCUAGCCUGCCCCCGAUCGCCCGUGUCACUUCAUCCGAGUCGCAAGGCUCUCUUAACUUGGGGGAUUUAGAAGCCAGACAGCGUGAGGAGCAGAGGCCGGCGCAGAGAACACCAUAUACCGAAGAAACUGGGUUUCUUGGAGGGUUGGCACUGCAGAAUUACCGUCGGGAGCAGCAGGAGUCCCUGCGACCUGGUCCGUCCGAGAAGGCCAGCAGCUACGGGAGGACCGGGGCGUCGGCAGUCACGAGCCCUACGGACAGGGCGGGCCCAUCGUUCGUUUCGCCUACGGACCUCCAUCCCCCAGGCGUUACCGGAAAGCGACCGCCGGGUGCAAGACUGGCAACCGAUUCACAGGUGCCAAUACUCCAGAGCGUAGCUCAAGAACCAGCCAGGGACAAGAGGGGCCUACCCUUCCUCAAGAACCCCAUAUCCACCCUUCUACUGAGAAGGAAAACGAGCCAGAACGUACUUCCGGACUUAUCGUUGCCAAUUCGACCUGGCCGUGAGGAACCAUCUUACCAGCCCAUCAGGGGCACAAGGGUUCACGAUUUCAGUGCACCUCGGCCUAGGAGAAUCGUUUCGAGUGGAGAUGUAGCUUCCCUGGGGGUCGAUAAACCACUUCCGGAUGCACACCCACCUCCGAUCCAGGAAAACGAAUCACCUCCACAGCCAGCACCACCGGUGCCUCCAAAAGAUGCUCGCGUCCAGUCCAUCCGGACGUCGUCCUCGACCCACUCACGGGCUGCUUCAGCUGAUGCCGCCUCUAGUUCGACACAGGGCUCUCACCAUGAAUUAUCUAGUUUCAGCUUCAAAAGGGGUAACGACAGCACGAGAAGACAAAGCUCCAUCCCAUCGUCAAUAUCUACACUUUCCAGGAAUCCUUCCGGCGUCUCAAACGCAGAUGUCCUUUCGUCUGUUCCUAGGCACAUGAAAAGCACAUCCUCUAGAUUCAGCUUUGAUAUGAUCGGCGCGGCGAAGGCAGAGAAGGCGCUUGAAGAGAAACACCGGCAGAGGCAACAAGAGAGGAAGGUGGAGAGCAGUAACGACCGCGACUCACGAUAUGACGACUUUGAUGAGGAUGCUUUCGAUUAUGAUGCAAUGGACUAUGAUGACGGUUUCGAAGAAGCCAUUCCGGGUGUCAACGUCGAUUACGUCGACGAUGAUUAUCCCGCGCCCGAAGACCCUGAAAUCACCACGAUGGAUCCGGAUGACGACCAGGAGAAUUUUGCAGGCUUUGUGUUCCAGCGAUCAAACCCGGUCUCGUCUAUGACCAGCCCGCUCAGCGCCGGUUUGUUACCCACGCCUAGGGAUGCAGAUGGCAACGUAAUCGGUUUCGCCAUGACGAAAGAGUCUCCAGACACCCAGCGACUGUCCUCAGCCUCCUUAGAACCACCACCACAUCUACAAGAAGAAGAAGAAGAAGAAGAACCACUGCUUGAGGGCAAGCAACCGGUCGAAACGCUACUUCAUGAGAGCCCCACAGGCCUUGGGAUUCAGGGGUUAGACGCCGCCAUUGCGGCGCAAGGUCAAGUGUCGGUUCAGGAGCAGACCUCAAUACCCCAAGCUCCUCCGAGGCAUCUAGAUAAGGACGACGAACUGUACUUUGGAGGUCUAGGGCACGAAUUCGAAGGAGAAGGAGACGGCAGUGCGAUAGACGAGGCCCUUUUUGACCUUGAUGACACAGAUCAAUACGGCAGGCCAAUUCCAGGCAUGUUUGCGAACGCAUUAGCGCAACGGAUGAACCCUCAGGAUACCGAGAAACGAGCCUCUGACGAUUUGACCUCGAGAUUCUCGGCCCAGUCUGGCGGAUCCCAGUCGACUGCUCAUACGUCUUUGAGUGCAGGGUUACAUCAGAAGCUCUCUGCACUCGAAGCCCACGAGGAAGAGGCAGCGUCGCCGGAUGAACCGCAGGCGCCUGUACCACAACUCCCAACCCCGGAGCAAGAACAUAUGGCUGCCUACCAAGCUGCUCUGGCAGCUGCUGCUCAUAAAGCGGCUGCUUCAGGAAAGUUCAGGAGAGACUCAUCUCCGCCUCCGCCGGCUGACGUGACCAUCACCUCACCUACCACGAGCGGAUCUGAGGAGUCGAACCAACACCUCGAUGAUACCCUCGCUGAUUACGACUACGAUGAUGGCUUUGGUAACGGGUUGGACGACUACGAGUUGGACGACGAUGCCAUCAUUGCUGAGGCGAACGCAAGUGCCUUGGCAAGCGAUGAUGAUGGUUGGUAUGGCCAAGAGUUCGGUUUCUACUCGGCACCCUUGCCUAUACACCGUAGCUCGAAUCCCGAUGGGGAUGAGAGUGGCUUCUACGGUGGCUUCUUUGGGCCCAGCGGGGUGACACGGUCCAAGUCAGGGCACUUGGUCUCCAGAGAACCCAACCUUACCCCGAUUACGGAACGAUCCGAGUACUCCAAUCGUAACUCGAUUAUGAGCCUUCAGAUGCCCAACAGUGCCAACAGGGACACGGCACUACAGAGUCCAGGUCUAGCUCAGCUCGUCAUGAUGGCGGAUGACGAUAACAUGUCACUCUCAGCUUUGAUGCGUCUCCGAUCAAAAGCCUGGGGUGGCUCUCAGGCUUCCCUAGUCAGCUCACGUGAAGGAUCGCCUGGUGAUAGAAAUGGCGCCUCGAGUCCAAUGGGCCAGGACCUACGGGAUGCACCUGGCCCUGGUUCGACACAUGGCCGUAAGAACUCGGCCUUUUCUAUCUGGAGCCAGGAAUCUGGGGCUGGAAGCAGUUCUGGGAGCCCGACUCUUACUAUGGCCACCGCCGGCCUAUCGAAUAAUGUUAUUCCACCCUUGAAUGGAACGUCUAAUUCCAACCCCAACUUGGCUCCAUCACCUCUGGCCGCGCCCCUAUAUUCGCCGCCGCCGCCGCCGCCGCCCCAACAGACAGCGGCCUUCCCCCCGGUGAUCGAAGACGAAGAGGCUGACACAGACGCUGCGAGCACGGCAAGUCCGACUGUACUCUCUCCUUUGAACGCAGAGCCCGCAAGCCCUACAGUGGGCGUGCCUUCCCAACGUCGACCCGGCAUGGGCCACCGUCACAGAGGCAGCGCCGAUAGCAUAUCCUACACGAAAGAGCAAGACAGCGGAGAGACACGCUGGGUCCUAGAACGAAGGCGUACCGCUGAGUCUGGGGAGGUCGAGAUAUUAGGACGCGAAGUGGUUGAGGGGGGCAGAAUCUAG